ACUUUUGAAGAGCGAUUCAAAAUUUCAGUAAUGGCGAUGGAGGCUUCGAGAUCGGGGCGGCUGAAAGUGAUCAUAGUCCAAGGGAAAAAUCUCGUAAUUCGAGAUUUCAGAAGUAGCGAUCCGUACGUCGUCGUGAAAUUGGGGAAACAGAAAGCAAAGACCAAAGUAAUUAAAAGUAACUUAAAUCCAAUAUGGAAUGAAGAACUCAAUUUCACAAUCGGCUCUGAACCUACCAGACUUUUAAACUUCGAAGUGUUCGACAAAGAUUUGUUCAAGCGAGACGACAAGAUGGGACGAGCAUCGAUUAACCUUCAACCAAUGCAGUCUGCAAGUCGAUUAAGUAAGAUUCUGAGAAUGUCGGUCGGCGAGACGACGCUGAGGAAGGUGGUUCCGGGAAAAGACGACUGCGUGGCAGAAGAAUACUCCAUACGGUGUAUCAACGGCGAGGUGGUGCAAGAUGUUUGGUUGCGCCUCAGCGGAGUGGAGUCCGGAGAGAUUCAAGUGAGAAUGAAGUACGUAGAAGAGUAGAAAUUAGGGUUACAAAUUGUAAAGGGGGAAAUUUGAAAGGAACAAUUUUUAACUUAGGAUAGGUUCUAAUCACAUUUUUCUAGGUUAAGACUUUGAUUCGUCCACCCCGUAUUUAUUGGACUCGAAUUCAAUUAUGUUCAAUUUUUUUUUAAAAGAUAUUGUAAUUAAAGUGUGAAAUGGAGGAAUCGAAUCUCGAACAUCGAAGUCGAUAGUA